GCCUUGUUACACAGCAGUAGGACUCGGAUCCGCUUCUUGGUCGCGCUGAAACUUGGCCGCUCCAUGUAACGUUACCGAAUCCGUUUCGUGCUGUUUUUCAGUCCCCGGUAUGGACCCUCAGAAAGAGGCCUUACAAAGGAUAAUAACCACCCUAGCAAAUAAAAAUGAUGAGCUGCACAAUUUCAUCGAGACGCUGAGUCACCUGUUGGCUGGAGUUCAGGUUAACUCCAGCAAGGUGGUGUCUGACUUAGAAGAGGAGUUUGACCUGCUGUUCUCUAUCCUGGAAGAGACUAAGGAGAGUAUGACCAGCACUAUAAAGCAAGAACAGACCAGGAAAUCACACGAACUGCAGAUGCAGCUGACACAGAGCACAAAUGCACUGGAGAGUGCAGAAGAGCUGCUGGAGUUCGCUCAACACGCACUGGAUAUCAAAGACGAGGACGAGUUCACCAAGGCUGCCAAACAGAUCAAAGAUAGGGUGACGAUGGCUCCUGCAUUUCGCCUCACCAUGAAGCCCAAAGCCACAGACAACAUGACCCACUUAAUGGUGGACUUUUCACAAGAGCGCCAGCUUCUCCACGGACUUCGCUUCCUCCCUGUCCCCAAUGCUCCAGAAAUCGAUGUCCAGGACUGUCUGGUGAUGGACAACACAGUGACCGUCAUCUGGAGAAUGCCGGUGAAGGACAGCAAGAUCGACCACUACAUCCUCGAGUACAGAAAAACCAACCACGAGGGUCUGGCUCGAGUCAAGGACGAGCAUCACUGGGAGAUUGUGGACAACAUUAAGAGCACAGAUUACACACUGACAGGAUUAAAGUUCGAUUCCAAAUUUAUGAACUUCCGGGUUCGAGCGUGUAACAAAGCAGCAGCUGGAGAUUAUUCUGAUCCUGUCACACUGGAAACCAGAGCAUUUAACUUCGCCUUUGACUCGUCGUCCUCGCACCUGAACCUGAAGGUGGAGGAGAGCAGUGUGGAGUGGGAUCCACAGGGAGGCAAAGGUCUGGACAGUAAGGUCAAAGGGAAGGAGAACAAGGGCAGUGCACACCUCACUAAUCUGAAGAACAUGUCAAGAAGUGGAACUCCGUCCCCAAAAAGAGGGUCGACUGCUCGCUCGCCAGCUCCCAGAGGAGCCCGAGAUCGGUUUACCGGAGAGUCCUAUACAGUACUAGGUGAAACCAGUAUUGACUCUGGUCAACACUACUGGGAGGUGAAGGCCCUCAAAGACUGCAAGUCCUAUAGCAUCGGUGUAGCCUAUAAGAACCUGGGCAAGUUCGAUCAACUGGGCAAAACCAAUACCACCUGGUGUGUUCAUGUCAAUAACUGGCUCCAGAAUUCCUUCGCUGCCAAACACAACAACAAGGCGAAGAGCCUGGAUGUGGCAGUGCCGGAGAGGAUAGGAGUUUACUGUGACAUGGACGGAGGUCAGCUGUCCUUUUACAACGCAGAAAGCAAACAGCUGUUUCACUCGUUCAAGACCAAGUUCACUCAACCUGUUGUACCGGCCUUUAUGGUGUGGUGCGGUGGCCUGAGCCUCUCCACUGGGUUACAGGUUCCCAGUGCAGUAAGAAGCCUCCAGAAAGCUGAAAACGGGCUGACGGGAUCAAACAGCAGUCUGAACAGCAUGGCACAGUAGUCCGAGCAAAAAACUAUGGAUUCACUGACGAUUCGAGCCGAACUAGGACUAGCUUUCUCUUUAAUCCAUCUCUAAUCAGCAGCAAAGAGUAACUUGUAUGGACAACUCAUGACCUUGGACUUCCUUCCUUGGUAUUCCUAGGGAAUACAUCAUCCAGCGCUGGAAUACUGUAAAGCAUCAUGGGAAAAGAAAUCUGUCACUGGCAAGCCUAGACUUCUCCUAGAUAAGGAGAGUUGCCUCAUUUUCUGUCUUUCUUUUUCUUGUUGAAUAAGAAAUUCUAGCAGCUUUAUCAGGGAUUAGCGGAGUGCACUUUUCUCCAUUACUAAAUUAAAAAUUUUUUUUCCUUUCUUGCUUUUAAAAUGAUUUAUUUUUGACACAACUUCACUCCGGAAUGACAGAUUCAUUAUGCUUUGUUUUGUUAUAUUACUUUUAAUGACUUGUGUACAUUUGUUUAGUUUAGCGUCUGUAUGUAUAUGUGCGAAUACAGCCUGUGAGUGCGGGUGACGAUUACCUCGUGGCUGCACAAAGACAUUUUUCCUUAAAACUGUCAAAUCCUUGAACUGUUUGAACUACGAAUCCUGUAGGGAUUUUUUUUUGUUGUUGUUGUUUUUACUACAGUACGUUACGGAGUUGAAUACGACUAUGGAACAGUGCUUGCACGAUGUAAACCAUAUAAUGCUGCUUUCUUCCUAUUUAGGUUCCUGUUAAUGGUCCGAGUAAAUACUGUUCACCAAAAACACAUCUUUUAGACGUAGGCUUCAGACGGCUUUUAUAAGUGUUGCAGUGUUGAAAAAUGUUUUGAGUUCUUUCCAUGGUAUCAUGUUUGUUUGUUUUUUGUUUUUUUUUGAUCUGAUUAUUUACUCAUGUGCUCAUCAACAACUGUCAUUUCUGUACAUUCAGUAAAUUAUUGAUUUUCUAAAA